AUGGCAAAAUCAGUUAAUUUUCAGUUGUGCAUCAUUUGUCAAGUUAUAGGGGAAGAUAAUCUUGUUGAAAAACCCAGUUCUCAUGAAAAGCUUUUAAGUGCAAUCAAAGAACGUGCGAAAUAUGGAGAUGUUAAGUUAGCAGAGUUGUGGUCAGUUUUGAAGGACGUUCCAUUUAAAGAAAUUGAAGAGAAAGUGUCAUGGCACAGGAAAUGCUAUCAAGAUACCACGCACUCGGGAAUGUUAAAAAGAGCAAGAGAAAGAUACGAAAGAGAGGUAGCUGGUCCAGAUGAAUCAAGGCGAAAACCUAGUAACAGUCCUCAGGUAAAUUAUUAUAAAACUGGCCAUGUUCAUAUCAGACAAUUCAGUUAUUAGUUGAUUAAGCUUUUAAUCUGUUUUAAGAUUGAAAGCUCCAUAGUCCUAUCUUUCUUCGAAAUUUCCAUGUACAUAUUAUUUCCUAUAAACACACAACACACCUAAACUAUCCGGCUUUUUACACGUAUUAAAAUUCUUAAUUUAUGUUUAAUUAUGUAUUUAACCAACAACAGGGACUUUUAACGCGUUCAAAGACUGCUCCCUAUGACCGGGUUGUCUGUUUCUUUUGUGAUGGAGAGGCAAAAUAUCAGCAACCACUACACAUGGUGUCCACAAAGUCUGCCGGUAGUUCUUUAGAAGCUGCGGUUAAGACGUCUGGUGAUCCAAAGCUUCUAGUUAAACUCUCCACUGCACUGGAUGGUCAAGACGCUCAUGCAAUCGACGUCAAAUACCACAAGAACUGCUGGGCAAAGAACGUCACAGGAGUUCUUCGCAAGUCGUCUAUCACAGAGGGUCAUGGAGAGGAAACCAGUGAGAUAGCAGCUAAGAUCGAGUUUUUAACAAUGACAGAAACUGCUCUGAAUAGUGGAGAGAUUAUGAAUAUGGCUCAACUACAGGACGCCUUUGAAUGUAUUUGUCGUGAAAACAAUGUGCAAUCGAAAUCUUGGAACCGAAAGUCAAUCAAGGAGCUUAUUCAAAGGGAAGUAGAAGGAGUAGAGUUCCACAAGCCAAAACGAGUAAAUGAGUCUGAAAGAAUCAGUGUAAAGAGGUGCAGAGAUAGUGCUAUUCAUUUAUCAGAGUCCUUGAACGAAACCACCGCAUGCGAAAUGAAAACCCUCUAUGAUGCUGCGUUAAUACUGAGAAAGGCAAUUAAUAAGAGUGAAAGGUGGAGUUUCGCUGGCUCUCUUGAUACUUUAUCAAAUAAACAUUGCCCUGAGGAACUCCACUGUUUCUUAAGAUGGAUUAUUCAAGGCCCAAACAACACGCUCUCUGAUGAAGAGAAAUGCAACGAAGUGCGUAAACGUGCUAUGCAUCUAGCCCAGAGUACAAUAUCUAUGUGUUUGACUGAACGGAAGUUAAAAAACAGGAAGUCCUAA